AUGUCCACAGCCGUGUUCGAGCAUGCCUACUACAUCGGAAACUACAUGAGCGGCAUCCUCUAUGGCGUAGAACUCGUCAUGUACUUCACCAUCGUACACACCCUCUUCAAAAAGCCUUUCCGCACCCGCUCAGACCACUUCUUCCUCCUCUACUCCACCGCACUCCUCGUCCUCGUCUCCAUCGACAUCGCCACAAAUGCCGUCUGGGGCGAGAUGAUGUGGAUCAACGGGCAGGACAGGGUGGGCGGUGUCCCUGCCUUCAUCGCAGAGGAGGUCUCCGUGUGGUACGAGACCCUCUCCUCCACCUCCGUCGUCGCCCUCAUCUUCCUCGGCGAUGCCCUCCUCAUAUACAGACUCUUCAUCCUCUGGGAAUCCAGCUACCUCGUCGUCAUCUUCCCCGUCCUCGUCUACUUUGGUGCCUUUGCCCUAGCCAUCAUCGAACUCGUCUCCGCAGGCGUCCCAGGCGGCGACUUCUUCGCAGGAAAAUCUGUCAACUUUGGCGUCCCCUACUACGCACUCACCAUCUCCCUCAACAUCAUCGUCACAGCCCUCAUCUGCUUCCGCCUCCUCUACCUCUCCCGCAUCCUCCGCCACGCCCUCUCCCCCUCCCCCUCCUCCAUCUCCCACUCCACCGGCGCAACAGGCCUCAGCGCCAGGGGCGAGGCCAUGCACGCCGUCAGGGCCGAUAACCUCAACUCGAGUGGCGUCAAUACCAGCCUGUACACGAGCGUGGUGGCUAUCAUGAUCGAGAGCGCGGCGCCUUACACCAUCAUGGGCAUCAUGUUCCUAGUCCCCUACGCUCGUGGCUCCGAGACUGCCAUCGCCUUUGGCCAGGUCUGGGCUAAGAUCACCUGCCUCUCCCCCCAGCUCAUCGUCCUCCGCGUCGUCACCCACCGCGCAUGGGGACGCGACACGGUAGCCCAAGCCACCUCCUCCAAGCUCAUCUUCACCUCCGGCGUCGCCAUCGGCGCAGGGGCCACCACCACCACCGGCACAGGCCUCGACGUCGACAUCGACCUCGAGGGGCCCGGCCUGCCGAGGCGCAGCGAGUUUAGGCGCUACAAGGGCCCCGGCGGUGGCGAUCUCAAGCCCGAGUAUGCGCACCAUGAUGCCAGCGACGACGACAACGACGAGAAGGAGAAGAAGGGAGGGGGGGAGGGUCUGUUUGUCGCCAGACACUAUUCGCAGGGUGGCAGCUCGGGCUCGGUGGGGAGUCCGAGCGUGGGUGAGAAGGAGGGGAGUGUGAGGGAGGUGUGA